CAGAAGCAGAAGCCGGCGUGGGCCUGGCCGAGGUCCCGAGGGGUGCGGGAGUGACCUGGGGCCCGAGCCCUGGCCGCAGGCACGCCCCAUGCCGGCCUCCCAGCCCGAGCGGCACCCCGGCCCCUGCCCACCGGCCCUCGGCGCGGGCCCUGCGGCCGUGGCGGAGCGCAGCGAGACCCCGACCUGAGCCCGGCUCGGCGCCGCCACAGCAGCGGGGGAGCUCUCCGAGCAGAGCCCCGGAGGAUGGAAGAGAAAAGCAUGCUGUGUGACCUCUUUGAAGAGGAGAACCUUACCAGUCCCAGGGAGGAGAGCACUGAAGGUGAUGUGAAGACAUUUUGGACACUAUUGGGAGGUAGAAGAGUGGAUGUCAUAUUUGAGCAGCUGCAAAAUGUGCUGUCCUUGCUGAAGGAAAAGAUCAAGAAUGGAACUGCAACAAACCAAGAGUGCUGGCAGGCUUGGGCACUGGUGAAUGAAGCUAAUCUAGGUGAUCUCUUAACCUUGCCAAAUGUAAGUGACGAAUUGAAUGGAGAUGAUGCACAGGAAACCAAACCCAAACUGCAGCCUCUUCUUCCAGAUGACAAUGCUGCAGACAUUGUAGAAGCUUCUGACAGUAGCGAAAAAGAGGACAUGGAAAAAACCUGCUCAGGGAGUAAAGAAGCACCAAGCAAAAUUCAAGGUUUACCUUUAAAAGUUCAGUAUCAGAACCACAAGUGCUCUAGUGCAUGUCUUGCCAGCAGAGCAGUGGGUUCCUACAAGGGUGAAAAUCCUCUGAAGAUCCCCAUCCUGUUUGACUUCCAAAGACGCCAUGCGAAAGCAGACUGCCUUUCGAAGCCGCUGGAUGUGAAUUACAAAGCUCCUUGUGGGCGCAGUCUGAGAAGCUUUCGAGAUGUGCGGAACUACUUGUUUGAAACAGAGUGCAAUUUCUUGUUUGUUGAUCACUUCUCCUUCAACACCUAUGUGCUGUUGGGCAGGAACACCAUGAAUCCCGAGCCCCUGGUGUUUGAGUUCGACAUUAGCGACGGAGCCGAGUCUGUGCCCAUCUCCUUCUGUAACAGCCUCGACCACGCAAGGCUGCCUUAUUUCAAGUAUCGGAAGUCCUCGUGGCCGCGUGGAUAUUAUCUCAACAAUCUCUCCAGCCUGUUUGUUGAUUCCUGUGACUGCACAGAUGGCUGCAUCGAUAGGUCCAAAUGUGCAUGCCUACAGCUAACAGCAAGAGGCUGUAGUAAAAUUUCUCUGUCUCCAAGUAGUAAAAGAUCCCAUGGGUACCGUUACAAGAGACUGGAGGGACCUGUUCCUAGUGGGAUUUAUGAGUGUAGUGUGCUGUGCAGGUGUGACAAGCUGAUGUGUCAGAACAGAGUUGUGCAGCAUGGCAUUCAAGUCAGGCUGCAAGUGUUCAACACGGAGAAGAAGGGCUGGGGUGUCCGCUGCCUGGAUGACAUCGACAAGGGGACAUUUGUUUGUACUUACUCAGGCAGAUUAAUGAGCAGAGCUGAAGUUUUGGGAGAUAGUGAGCAAGAGCUGAAGGAGAAAAGUGCAGUGAAUGAUAGAGGCCAUGACUUUUCUUCCAAAAAAAGAAAAAUUGACCUUGGUCGUUCAGACUCAGUGAUUGAACUAGUGCAGACUGACAAAAAUGACAUUCUUGAGAAUCAGGAUUCUUUGUCUCAGACUGUGGAUAAUGAAAAUAAAUCAACUCUGGUUCAUCAGAAGAACUCAAGUAAUGCAGCAGUGAGAAGGCCUGGAACUAGAACACUUAUUUUUUGCAAUCACCAGCCAGAAAUGGUGCACAGUACCAGCUCAGAUGAAGAUGAUAGUUCUCAGAUUCAUCAACCAAGCAAAACAAAACUAACCAGUGGAACAAAGAAAGGAAAAGAAAAAUGCACCCGGCAGCAGAAGGAAGAGCAUCUGAUGGACAUUGGACAGACUGACUCUGCUGGUGUAGAGACUGCAGGAUGUGAAAGGAAGAGUCUGUCACUGCAGGGUGUUGAGUGUGGCAAGCCCAGUGUGCUGGAUGACACCUGUGUUGUGAGGUCAUCCAGCAAUGCACCCCUAAAAGCUGACUGCAGAGAAAAUAGCAGGCAGCCAAAACAAGAUGCACUUUGUGAGGAGUCUGAGGAUGAUGGGAUGUUUCCCAAGAACAGUAAUGAAGAAAAUAUUUAUGUACUGGAUGCCACAAAAGAAGGAAAUGUGGGUCGUUUUCUAAAUCACAGCUGCUGCCCAAAUCUCUUUGCACAAAGUGUGUUUGUAGAAACUCACAACAGAAGUUUUCCAUGGGUUGCAUUCUUCACAAACAGACAUGUGAAAGCGGGAACUGAACUCACCUGGGAUUAUGGUUAUGAAGCUGGAAGCAUGCCAGAGACAGAAAUUUCCUGUCACUGUGGAGUUCAGAAGUGCAGGAUGAGCACGGGGCUAGGGAGGGAUGCAGGAUAUCGCCUUUCCCACGGUGAAAGCCCUCGGGAAUGGCGCCCGAAGGCGGUGCCGGGCACGGGUAUCGAACCCGGGUACUCGGCCGUGACCCCCGCCGCGCCCGCGGGGCCACGCCUCCCUUAUCACGUGACCGGCGCCUCACCGGCGCGCCUUCCCUCCUGCCACGCGAGCGUCGCAGCCAAUCAGCGCCGCGCAGGUGUGCGGGGCGGAACAUCGGCGGGCCCCACCGCGCAUGCUCCGUGUCCGCGCCGGGCGCGCUCACUUCCGCGCGGGAGAGUUGAGGGCGGGGUAGGGGGCGGCGGUGGCGGCGACGGCUCGCCGCGCGGUCUAAAACCGAAGAUUUUGCCGCGCUCCGGUCCCGCGGCACGUGUGUCGGAGCGGGCGAACCCCCCGCGCUGGGCUCUUUGUUUCGCACAACUCGCCGGCAGGCUGACUCACUGCGUGCACCGCUCCCGUGCUCCUUCCGCGGCGGCGCGGCUCAGCUCCCGCACAGCGGCUCUGCUCUCCCCGCCGCUACAGCGCAGCAUUUCAGGCGGUCGCUCGCCGCAGCUGCUCCCACGGCGGAGCGCCCGUGCCGAGUUGGGAGUAGCCCAGCGCCGCAGGUGUCCAGAGCCGCGGCCCCCGCUGUGCACUCAGAGAGAUGCUGAAGCAGUGCACCCGCUGAGUGCAGCCUCUUCAAGGUCCAUGCAGCACGUAUCAGUCAGGCCUUUACGACUCUACGAUCACCCAAGAUUUCUCUGGGGGACUUGCACAAAAAACACAAAAUUUCCUGCUCUAGGUGCUUUGUGGAUAAUGGCGAAGAUGGUGAGAACGACAUGUGCAUUUUGUUCAGAAGGGGAGGCUGGCUCUGUGAUGUACAUCGCCACAGAGAGAAAUAUUGCAGCUCAUCAGGAUUGUCUGUUAUUUUCCUCAGGAUUUGUGGAAUCUGAAGAUCAUAACCCAGAAAAUCUGGAAAUAAGGUUUGAUGUGUCAUCAGUGUUGAAGGAGCUGAGGAGAGGAAAGCGGCUGGCGUGCAGCUUCUGCCGCAAGAAGGGGGCCACGGUGGGCUGCGAGGAGCGCACGUGCCGCAGGAGCUACCACUUCUUCUGCGCCCUCUGCGACGAUGCCGCCGUAGAGACCGACGAGGUCAACGGCGUCUACAGAGUGUUCUGCCCAAAACAUGACCCGGGGAAUCGGACCAAUCUCUAUGAUGCAGCUAAUAAGAAAAGAAGACGUACGUUGACAUCUCCCACCAUCACAGAAGAAAUGAGUACAGAAGAGACAGCAGAAGAAAACAGUUUACGAAUACUAAAAAGAAAAAACAACAGGCAUAAAGUUCGGAUAGACUUUGUUAGGAAGUGCAAACAAGCUGGGCUUCUGGAUGAUAUAUUUGAAGAAAUGCUGGACACACUUCAUCUGGCUCAGGAAAAGCUGAUGGAUGACAACACUUCAGAAACAGAGUAUGAAGAGACAGUGAUGGCACUGUUUGACUGUGGACUGUUUGAAAACAUACUGACAAAUAUUUAUUCAGGAACAGAAGAAAAAAUCCAGAAACUUCUGGAAAACAGAAAAAGACUGGAUCACAAGAUUGAGCUGCUGCAGGACUUAAAAGAAGUCAUCCUUUCUACUCCAGAGAACAUGGCCAGUACAUCCAGUACAGCAUCUGAAUAACCCCUCUCUGUGAUGGUGCAAUUGUUAGGAAUUUUAAUGAUAAAAACCAUAGACCAGUCUGGUCAGUGCCCAAUUCCCCAGCCCCAAGAUGAGGGCUGAAUGGGUGCAAGAAUGUGGUGUUAUACUCAUUUUUAUACCUCACUGUUGCAAUAAUUUAAAGUCCUUCAAGUUUUCAAAUUUUCCUGUUCAAAUUUUUCCCUGUUUCCACUAGAAAUUUCCACUUAUAUUGCACAAUGGAACAUAAAUGAGUGUUACUAACUAAAUUUAGCUUUUGCAAAAACUUAACAGAACCCUCCGGGGAAGACUUUUUUUCUCAAAGCCAGGGAAGUGUUGAGCUGCCACAGAACACUUGCUAAAUUCACUUAAACUGUGGGAGCCCUCUCCUGGCUGGGCAGUAGUGCCUCGCUGUCUGUGUCUAUUCAGUGAUGUUUGAAGGAUCAUAGUGCUGCUUUGGCUUUCCCAAAAAAGAUAAAUGAGCAGGACUUGCACUCAAAGAAGCCUUCUGGAUUACAAACAGGAGUUUAAUUUAAAAAGCCAAAUUAUUCUUUAUUGACUGGUCAAGGUGCACUGUUUCUGCUAUACUGGCAGUGGUAAAGCAGUGUUUGCAGGCAGACCAGAAAGGGUUGGGCAUUGCACUCAUAACAAGUACAAUGUCAAAUGGAGCAAAACAGUGACUGAAUCUUCCCUUCUCCUUUAAGAAAGGGUUCAACUUUUGUUUUGUCUUUAAAAUAUUGUUUGAAUACAGAAAAGCCACAAUAGGCUAAGUUAAUAAAAUAAAACAUUUUUUAAAGGA